GGGUAUUUCCAUUUUAACAGGGAACAAUCCCUGAACCCAAAGGAAUGAAUCCCUAAUGGUGGAGUUUCAGGCAUCAGUGACAGGCUGAACACGGACUCCUAGGGCCCAUGCUUGCACCUGAUGAUGGCCUGAACUAUGAGCAAACUGGACUAUAUGAACACUUCAGUGCAGGAGCCCCCUCUUGACUACUCCUUCAGAAGCAUCCAUGUCAUCCAAGAUCUGGUAAGUGAGGAACCAAGGACAGGGUUACGACCAGUGAAGCAUGCAAAGUCAGGAAAGUCACUGACCCAGUCCCUGUGGCUGAACAACAAUGUCCUCAGUGACCUCAAAGACUUCAACCAGGUGGUUUCACAGCUGCUGGAGCACCCUCAGAACCUGGCCUGGAUUGACCUAUCCUUCAAUGACCUGACUUCUAUUGACCCUGUCCUAACAACAUUCUUCAAUCUGAGUGUCCUCUAUCUUCAUGGUAACAGCAUUCAGCGCCUUGGGGAGGUGAAUAAGCUAGCUGUCCUCCCUCGGCUCCGGAGCUUGACACUCCAUGGGAACCCAAUAGAGGAAGAGAAGGGGUAUAGGCAAUAUGUGCUGUGCACCCUGCCCCGUAUCACCACAUUCGACUUCAGUGGGAUCACCAAAGCAGACCGUACCACAGCUGAAGUCUGGAAACGCAUGAACAUCAAGCCCAAGAAGCCUCGGUUCAAGCAGGAUACUCUGAGAUUCCCAGGACCUUAGCAGUCCUUAUAGCCUGAGGAUAGUCAGCUUGAUAUGACAAUAAACGAUUUGAGCUGUUCAGCAGAUUGGAAGUCGCUUGUACCUUAUUGAGAUGUCCUCCAUUUGCUUGCUGGCCUAGGACUCAGGAGCUCUGGAUUUACCACAUUGCCUUGGGAAACUUAUCUAGCCUCUCUGGACCCCUUUGUACUCUUCAUCUUAGAUUCAUGGGAUUAGAGGUCAGAAAUUUCUAAAUUCUUCGGAGAUUGCCAGGGUCUGUGGAGCUGCCUAGAGGCACCCAGAAGAUGGGCCCAUUCAAUUGACUUCAGUCACAUCAGAGUAACUCCACUCUCAUGUUUUGUAUGUUGGGAUUCUACUUAAGAUUUCAUUCUUCUUAAAAACGUUUGCUUGCUGACUCCGUAUCAAGUGUCCCCAGCAAAACAUGGGUGGUUUCCCUUCACCCCCCCAUGGCUCUUGGUAAUUCCAGUGAGUCUGAGGCAGAGUCCCCAACAGUUGCCUCAGAUUCAAAUCUGUUCAGCUUUGAUAGUGUUCCCGUUAUUAGAAGGGACAAGAACAAUGUUAUCUAAUCUGAGGUUAGCCCAGGCCCAGUCUCAGGUAAGAUCUGGAAACCCUGACCCUUUAUCUCCUGGAUUCCUCUUUAAUGCCCCCAGAAGAUGCCUCCUUCCCACAUUUCAUUACUCAUAGACUCGAGUAGCCAGGAG